AUGCAGCGGGGUGCCGCGUUGUGCCUGCGCCUGUGGCUCUGCCUCGGACUGCUCGACAACGAGCGUGGUGAGCCCUCCGCCGGCCCCAGUGCGCAGCUGGCCACGAGCGGGGACGCUUUCCCUGGGCAAAUGGUGGGACUGCACGGACGCGAGACCGGCCUGGCCAGUGGCUACUCCAUGACCCCACCAGCCCUGAACAUCACGGAAGAGACAUAUGUCAUCGAUUCCAGUGACAGCCUGUCCAUCUCCUGCAGGGGGCAGCACCCCCUGGAGUGGGCCUGGCCGGGAGCUCAGGAUGCGCUAGUCCCAGAGGAGAAGGAUGGUGAGGACACGGGGACGGUGCGAGACUGUGAAGGCACAGACGCCCGGCCCUACUGCAAGGUUCUGCAGCUGCAGGAGGCCCACGCCAACGACACAGGCAGCUACCGCUGCUACUACAAGUACAUCAAGGCUCGCAUCGAGGGCACCACUGCAGCCAGCACCUAUGUGUUUGUGAGAGACUGGGAGCAGCCAUUCAUCAACAAGCCAGACACACUCCUGGUCAAUAGGAAGGACUCCACGUGGGUGCCCUGCCUGGUGUCCAUCCCCGGCCUGAACGUCACGCUGCGCUCGCAAAGCUCAGCACUGCAGCCUGAUGGACAGGAGGUGGUGUGGGAUGACCGCCGGGGCAUGCGGGUGCCCACCCCUCUGCUGCGCGAUGCCCUGUACCUGCAGUGUGAGACCACCUGGGGCGGCCAGGCCUUCCUGUCCAACCCCUUCGUUGUGCACAUCACAGGCAAUGAGCUCUAUGACAUCCAGCUGUUCCCCAAGAGAUCACUGGAGCUGCUGGUUGGGGAAAAACUAGUCCUGAACUGUACCGUGUGGGCCGAGUUCAACUCAGGUGUCACCUUUGAUUGGAACUAUCCAGGGAAGCAGGCAGAGCGGGGUAAGUGGGUACCAGAGCGGCGCUCUCAGCAGACUCACACAGAGCUCUCCAGCAUCCUCACCAUCCACAACGUCAGCCAGCGUGACUUGGGCCCAUACGUGUGCCAGGCCAACAAUGGUAUCCAGCAGUUCCAGGAGAGCACUGAGGUCAUUGUGCAUGAGAAGCCCUUCAUCACCGUCGAGUGGCUCAAGGGUCCGGUUCUAGAGGCCACAGCAGGAGAUGAGCUGGUGAAGCUGCCCGUGAAGCUGGCAGCUUAUCCCCCACCGGAGUUCCAAUGGUACAAGGACAGAAAGGCAGUGUCUGGGCGCCAUAGUCCCCAUGUUCUGGUGCUCAAGGAGGUGACGGAGGCCAGUGCAGGCAUCUACACCCUGGCCCUGUGGAACACCGCAGCUGGCCUGAGGCGUAACAUCAGCCUGGAGCUGGUGGUGAAUGUACCCCCCCACAUCCAUGAAAAGGAGGCCUCCUCCCCCAGCAUCUACUCCCGCCAUAGUCGCCAGGCCCUCACCUGCACGGCCUACGGGGUGCCCCCUCCUCUCAGCAUCCAGUGGCACUGGCGGCCGUGGACGCCCUGCAGGACCUUCAGCCAGCGCAGCCUCAGCAGGCGGCGGCAGCAGCGAGACCGAAUGCCGCAGUGCCAGGACUGGAGGGAGGUGACCACACAGGAUGCUGUGAACCCCAUUGAGAGCCUGGACACCUGGACGGAGUUUGUAGAGGGCAAAAAUAAGACGGUGAGCAAGCUGGUGAUCCAGGAGGCCAAUGUGUCCGCCAUGUACAAAUGCGUGGUCUUCAACAAAGUGGGCCAGGAUGAGCGGCUCAUCUACUUCUACGUGGCCACCAUCCCCGACGGCUUCAGCAUAGAGUCAGAGCCAUCAGAAGAGCCCCUAGAGGGCCAGGCCGUGCGCCUGAGCUGCCGGGCUGACAACUACACGUACGAGCACUUGCGCUGGUACCGCCUCAACCUGUCCACGCUGCAUGACGCGCAGGGCAACCCACUGCUGCUUGACUGCAAGAACGUGCACCUGUUUGCCACGCCACUGGCCGCCAGCCUGGAGGAGGUGGCGCCUGGGGAGCCCCACGCCACGCUCACCCUCACCAUCCCCAGUGUGGCACCAGAGCACGAAGGUGACUACGUGUGCGAGGUGCAGGACCGGCGCAGCCACGACAAGCACUGCCAUAAGAAGUACCUGUCCGUGCAGGCCCUAGAAGCCCCACGGCUCACACAGAACCUAAGCGACCUCCUGGUGAACGUGAGCGAUUCCUUGGAGAUGCGGUGCCCAGUGGCUGGGGCGCACGUACCCAGCAUCGUGUGGUACAAAGAUGAGAGGCUGCUGGAAGAAGAGUCCGGAAUCGACCUGGCGGACUCGAACCAGAGGCUGAGCAUCCAGCGCGUGCGCGAGGAGGACGCUGGCCACUAUCUGUGCAGCGCGUGCAACGCCAAGGGCUGCGUCAACUCCUCUGCCAGCGUGGCUGUGGAAGGCUCUGAGGAUAAAGGCAGCAUGGAGAUCGUGAUCCUUGUUGGCACAGGAGUCAUCGCUGUCUUCUUCUGGGUCCUCCUUCUCCUCAUCUUCUGUAACAUGAGGAGGCCAACCCAUGCAGACAUCAAGACCGGCUACUUGUCCAUCAUCAUGGACCCCGGGGAGGUGCCUUUGGAGGAGCAGUGUGAAUACUUGUCCUACGACGCUAGUCAGUGGGAGUUCCCCCGGGAACGGCUGCACCUUGGGAGAGUCCUCGGCCACGGGGCCUUUGGGAAGGUGGUGGAAGCCUCAGCCUUUGGCAUCAACAAGGGCAGCAGCUGUGACACUGUGGCCGUGAAAAUGCUGAAAGAGGGCGCCACAGCCAGCGAGCAUCGUGCCCUGAUGUCGGAGCUCAAAAUCCUAAUCCACAUUGGUAACCACCUGAACGUGGUCAACCUCCUGGGGGCUUGCACCAAGCCCAAUGGCCCUCUCAUGGUGAUCGUGGAGUUUUGCAAGUAUGGCAAUCUGUCCAACUUCUUGCGCGCCAAGCGGGAGGCCUUCAGUCCCUGCGCGGAGAAGUCUGCUGAGCAGCAAAGGCGCUUCUGCUCCAUGGUGGAGGGCGCCAAGGCUGACCAAAGGAGGCCAGGGAACUGCGACAUGGCCCUCUUCACAAGGCUCCUAACGGGCAAGGGCGGGGCAGGGCGGGCCGCUCCAGUUCAAGAAGCCAAGGACCUGUGGCUGAGCCCGCUGACCAUGGAAGAUCUUGUCUGCUACAGCUUCCAGGUGGCCCGAGGGAUGGAGUUCCUGGCCUCUCGAAAGUGUAUCCACAGGGACCUGGCCGCUCGAAACAUCUUGCUGUCAGAAAGCGACGUGGUGAAGAUCUGUGACUUUGGCCUGGCCCGGGACAUCUACAAGGACCCUGACUAUGUGCGCAAGGGCAGUGCCCGGCUGCCCCUGAAGUGGAUGGCCCCUGAGAGCAUCUUCGACAAGGUGUACACCACGCAGAGUGACGUGUGGUCCUUUGGGGUCCUGCUCUGGGAGAUUUUCUCCCUGGGGGCCUCCCCAUACCCUGGGGUGCAGAUCAAUGAGGAGUUCUGCCAGCGGCUGAAAGAGGGCACCCGGAUGCGAGCCCCAGAGCUAGCCACUCCUGCCAUACGCCGCAUCAUGCUGAGCUGCUGGGCGGGAGACCCCAAAGAGAGGCCUGCCUUCUCAGAUCUGGUGGAGAUCCUGGGGAACCUGCUUCAGGGCAGGGCCCAGCAGGAAGAUGAGGACUGUGUGGCUCCUUGUGGUUCUCAGAGCUCGGAGGAAGGCAGCUUCUUGCAGGCAUCCACCACAGCCACGCACAUCACAGAGAUGGAUGCUGACACAGAGGACAGCCCGCUGAGCCUGCACCAGCACAGCCUGGCCGCCAGAUAUUAUAACUGUGUGUCCUUUCCGGGAUGCCUUGCCAGAGGGACUCAAACCCAAGGUUCCUCCAGGAUGAAAACAUUUGAGGAAUUUCCCAUGACCCCAACUACCUACAAGGCCAUAGUGGACAGCCAGACGGACAGUGGGAUGGUGCUGGCCUCCGAGGAGUUUGAGCAGCUGGAGAGCAGGCACAGAGAAGAGAGCAGGCUCAGCUGUAAAGGACCAGGCAGGAAUGUGAGCGUGACCGCGGCACACCUCGACCCCCAAGGGAGGCGGCGGCCCGACCCGGGGCCCCAGGGCCAGGAGUUCUACAACAGCGAGUACGGGGAGCUGGCGGGGCCCCCGGAGGAGAGCUCCAGCACCCCAGCUGCCCGAGCGCCUUUCUUCACAGACAGCAGCUACUAA